AUGGAAGAUCUGGGCUGCAAAAAACCCAGUGACUGCACUGUCUCCAGGCUACUCAGCGUGGUAGAGAGUGAACUCCGGGCUGGAAGAGACAAAGGUGACCCCACUGAGAAACAGCUCCAGGUUGUCCUAGAGGAUGCGAUGCUCUGGCAGAGAUUCAGGGAAGUCACUAAUGAGAUGAUUGUGACCAAGAACGGCAGGCGGAUGUUCCCUGUUCUGAAGAUCAGCGUGUCAGGCUUGGAUCCAAAUGCUAUGUAUUCCUUCCUCUUGGACUUUGCCCCAACUGAUGGCCACCGCUGGAAGUAUGUCAAUGGAGAAUGGGUGCCAGCUGGGAAACCAGAGCCACCAAGUCACAGCUGUGUCUACAUCCACCCAGACUCUCCCAACUUUGGGGCCCAUUGGAUGAAAGCUGCUGUUUCCUUCAGCAAAGUCAAACUUACCAACAAGCUCAAUGGGAGUGGGCAGAUAAUGUUGAACUCCCUGCAUAAAUACGAGCCGCAGGUGCAUAUAGUUCGUGUAGGAGGCCCCCACAGGAUGGUGAUGAACUGUUCCUUCCCCGAGACACAGUUCAUAGCUGUGACUGCCUAUCAAAAUGAAGAGAUAACAGCUCUCAAAAUCAAGUAUAAUCCCUUUGCCAAAGCCUUCCUGGAUGCAAAAGAAAGAAACCAUUCCAAGGAUGCUCCAGAAACAGUCUCCGACGGUCAACAUAUGACAUAUUCUCACUCUCCCCACAGCUGCGAGGGGUAUUCAGCUCUGCGGGGGCACCGGGCUGCUCCGUACCCACCUUCCUACAUCCAGAGAAAUCAUUCACCUACAGUUAAUUUGUUGGAGAGCUCCAGCAAUAAUCUUCAGGUAUUCUCAGGACAUGACAGCUGGACUUUGCCAUCCUCUCCACAUGGUAAUUUGCUCUCAGUGCCACACACGAAGGGAGCUGCCAGCCCUGGACCCAGCCAUUACCCUUGCCUGUGGACAGUGAGCAACAGUGCAGUAAAUGUUGCCAACCCAGGAAGCGAGGUAAACAGCAGCACUUCAAGCAUGUUUCUAAGGGGUAAUGUCUCCUUACCCACUGCAUCAUCAGUCCAAAUCCCUCUGCAGGGAACAGUGCCUGGCAGCAUGGAGAUGCAAGGGGAAACAGCUCUAUCCAGACUGGCCGACUCUGCUUGGACAUCCUCACACUCUUUUUAAUAGACAGGCAGCUUACUAGGGAAGCUUAGCCAAAUAAAACUGACACAAAUGGCAAAUGAUCCCCUAGAAGUGCAGCUCAGAGCAGGGAUGUGUAUGCAGAAAACUGACAUCUUCAAGCAUCACUUUCCAUAAUGUACCUUCUAUGUAUCAGAGAAGCUAAGAUGC